GUCAUUGUCAGAAUAUACAGGGUUUUCAUAUGGUUGGGUGAGAGGAUCAAGGGAAGGAGUGAUGAUGAAAUUAAAAUGUCAAGUCCAGGUUGCUUGAAAGAUGCUAAAUUAGUAACUAAAAUAGGUGGGAAAGGACAGCAUGAACUUUACCCCGACGCAAUCCCCUGUCUGCAGAAAGCUGACAUCUGUCCCCAAGCAUGAGGCUGCCAGUGGCUUCAGUGGCCCCACCAGGUGGAAGGGGGUGUCUUUCUCUGAUUCUGUGCAGUCAACUCCCUUACCAUCGGUGGAGGAUCGUCUGGCCGUCCUUUGCCCUUCUCAGGAGCUUCUGGAAUAUUAUCAGAAGAAGAUGUCUGAGUGUGAGGCAGAAAACGAGGACCUGUUGAAGAAGCUAGAGCUGUACAGAGAAGCCUGCGAAGGGCAGCAUAAACUUGAAUGGGAUUUGCAGCAGAGGGAAGAAGAGAUUGCUGAGCUGCAGAAAGCUUUAAGUGACAUGCAGGUCUGCCUCUUCCAGGAGCGGGAGCACGUCUUACGCCUCUACUCGGAAAACGACCGACUGAGAAUCAGGGAGCUGGAAGACAAGAAAAAGAUUCAGAAUCUCUUGGCUCUUGUGGGAACAGACACUGGAGAAGUGACCUAUUUUUAUAAGGAGCCUCCCAACAAGGUCAGCAUUCUCCAAAAGACUAUCCAGGCAGUAGAAGUAUGUGAAAAGAAUGAAUCUUCGGCUUUCAGAACAGAUUCUAAAGGCAGCAGGAGAAAAUCAGCAAUGAAACAGAAAGAGGAGCGUGCCGAGCCACAGCAGAGAGACGUGCAGACCCUUGUCCUCCAGGUAGAAGCGCUGCAGGCCCAGCUGGAGGAGCAGACCAAGCUCUCACGGGACCAGGUGGCAGGGCUCAUGGAGGAGAGGCGGAUCCGCAUCGAGGAAGUGCAAGUUCAUCAGCAGCGAAAUCAGGACAGAAUCACAGAGCUCACCAGAAAUCUCCAUCACACCCAGGAACUGCUCUACGAAAGCACCAAAGACUUUUUGCAACUCAGAUUUGAAAACCAAAAUAAGGAGAAGUCCUGGAUGCUUGAAAAAGAUCAUUUGAUGUCAAAGAUUAAGCAAUACAGGGUGCAGUGUAAGAAGAAAGAAGAUAAAAUUGGAAAAGUUUGGCCAGUUCAUGAGAGUCAUUACAACCAAAAUGAGUAUAUUAAGUCCCUAAAGGAUAAGAUAGUACAAGAGAAAAAGCUGUCUAGCAUGUACCAAGAGCAGUGCAUUUCUCUAGAGGAAGAACUUGCCCGAAUUCGUGAGGAGGAGGGAGUGAGGAGAGAGAUCUUUAAGGAUCGCACCAGCAAGAUGGGGAGGCGUCUGCAGCUCAUGACAAAACGCUACGAGGCCUUGGAGAACCGGCGUGUCUUGGAAGUAGAAGGCUUUAAGACAGAUAUUAAGGUUCUCCGGCAAAAACUGAAAGACUUGGAGCAGAUGCUCUAUAAGGCAACACUUAACAGCCGGGCAAACCAGGAUCUUGCCAUCUUGUGUGAGGUUCGUGACAGCAAUAGACGGGCACAUAAGAUACAGGGAGAACUGAGGAACCUCAAGUCCAAAGUGUUUGGCCUGGAGAAUGAACUCAGACUCUGCUGAUGUUUACUCUUUAGGAAUGACACACGUCUGGAGUAGGUCUGCUUCCUGAAACGUGAGGAAAAGGUCAGAAACUGUAGGCACAGAGUUGUCGAGAGUAGUGGUAGCCAUUGUUAUAAAGACAGAGUGAAGAGUCGGCCUUUUUUGUGUCCUAAGCUUUAGGAUUUUUGCUGUCCUGUUAACCUUUUCUGGAUUUUUUUGUUUUUUUGUGGGGUUUUUGGUUUUUUUGUUUGUUUGUUUGUUUUUAAUUUGUUUUUGGGGUUUUUUGGUCUGAAUUAUAACCUGAAUUACUUAGAGACUUUCCCACAUUAUUUUCUCCAAUUUGUGAUGAGAGGGAUUUUUUGUUUUUGUUUUCUUAAGAAGACAGUGACAAAAAAAAAAGUAUUUUUGAUGUGAGCUUGGCUGAGUGUUAGUGGGAGGAACACUUUUCCCCAGGAGAUAAAGAUGCCCACUGAGGUCGCCUAUCUCCUGGGCAGAGGGCAAAGGCUGCAAAUCACAGCCCGUCCAAUGUGAAUAGGCCACAGUUCUGUCAGCCCUGAGCUGUAGGGCCUGGAUUCCUUUCUGGACACUCAAUCUCAGGAAGUUUCACCAGAGGGCACCAGAGGCCCUACUCUUAAGCAAAAUGUUCAUCUAGGAAAAUAAAGGUGCCACUUCAGUAAGAGUGAGUGAAACUUAAAUGAUCUUUGUAUGAAAAAUUCAGUAUUUUACCCAUACUAUGUUUUUUUAAGAUAAUGUAUGUUUUAAAUUAACUAUUUCUCAAUAAAGUAUG